UCCUCAAAUGAAGUUUCUUGGCAAUUGUUAAUAGUCCUGGGUCAUAAUUUGUUCCACAGAGGAAUGAUAACUUCUAGGAUAAUCACCACUACUGUUUUAUUAUGGAGUGGCUUUCUCAAGGGUUAUGAUAGUUCCUGUUUAUCCACCUCAUGUCUGAAUGGUGGUACUUGUGUUACAACAGCUAGUGGACAGCAGGUGUGUCACUGUGCAGCAGGAUUUACGGGAAGAAGCUGUGCAACUGACACAAAUGAAUGUGCUGCACAUCCAUGUCAUAACAAUGGGACAUGUAUUGAUCAGGUCAACUCAUUUCGAUGUGAAUGCCGUAAGGGAUUUACUGGAAUUAUCUGCCAGACCAACAUUGAUGACUGUCAAGGCAAUCUAUGUAAGAAUGGGGCAACAUGCCAAGAUCUUGUUGCUGAUUUUCGCUGUCACUGUCAGCCUGGAUUUGGGGGAAGGUUUUGCGAGAUUGACAUUGAUGACUGUGCAGAGUUACCUUGCCACCACAGAAGUACAUGUAUUGAUGGAGUGAAUGGGUUCUCUUGUUCGUGCCUUCCAGGAUACACAGGAGUUCUUUGUGACAUAAAUUUCAAUGACUGUGGUAGUAAUCCUUGCCAGAAUGGAGGGAUAUGUGCAGAUGGAGUGAAUGAUUAUCUUUGUGUGUGUAAGACUGGUUUCUCAGGAAAGAACUGUGAGAGGGACAUAGAUGAUUGUGAGCAAGCACCUUGUAAAAAUGGAGGAACCUGUCACGAUCAAGUGAAUGAUUUUUUGUGUGACUGUGCAGUGGGCUUCAAAGGAGGAAACUGUGAAGUAAACAUUGAUGACUGCUUAUCUGCACCAUGUGACAAUAAUGCUACAUGUGUUGACUUAGUCAAUGGAUUUUCUUGCAAUUGCAUGAGUGGAUUCACUGGACUAAAAUGUGAGAUAGAUAUUGAUGAAUGCAGAGACCACAUGUGUAUGCACAACUCAGCUUGUGUUGAUGGAAUAAACUCAUACAAGUGCAUCUGUAAGCCUGGUUUCACGGGACAGUUCUGUGAAGUUGACAUUGAUGACUGCAUUCAGCAGCCAUGUAAGAAUCAAGGUGUGUGUAUAGAUGCAGUGGAUGACUUCAGAUGUGUAUGUCAGACUGGUUUUACAGGAAAGGAUUGUGUGGUUAACAUUGAUGACUGUGCAAAUAAUCCUUGUCAUCACAAUGCCACAUGUCUAGAUCUUGUCAAUGGUUACAACUGCACUUGUCCAACAGGUUAUACGGGUAAAGACUGUCAUGUGGUCGUUAACAACUGUGCUAAUCCACUUUGUUUGAAUGGUGGAACAUGCAUCAACAGGCCUGAUGGACAAGGAUAUGACUGCAUUUGUCGCAACGGAUUCAUAGAUCCAACUUGUUCAUUAAAUAUGGAUGACUGCUCUCCUAAUCCUUGUCAGAGUGGGGAUUGCAUUGAUUUGAUUGACAAUUUUAUGUGCAACUGUUCAGGGGGAAUCAUAGGAAGAACUUGCGCUGGUUCAGUCAAUGCAUGUAAUGCAUUCUUUUGUCGCAAUGGGGGUACAUGCAUCUCUAAUAAUUCUUCAUUACAUUGUGUUUGUCCAGAGGGUUUCACAAGCACACACUGUGAAGUGGAUAUCAACCACUGUCAUUCACACAACUGUCAAAAUAAUGCCACUUGUGUAGAUGGUGUCAAAAAUUAUACUUGUCUUUGUGCCAAGGGAUAUGCUGGUCAUUACUGUGAAAUAGAUCUUGAUGAAUGUGAAGCUAAUCAAUGCAGCAAUGGAGCAACUUGUAUGGAUUUGAUAAAUGACUUUAAGUGCCUGUGUGCUCCAGGUUUCCAAGGGCGGACAUGCACUGUAGACAUCAAUGAGUGUUAUUCAUUUCCUUGUUACCAUGAUGCAUUAUGCACUGAUUUGGUCGAUGGCUUUAAAUGUACCUGCAAGCCAGGUUUUACAGGAAAGAAGUGUGAGACAAAUAUUAAUGACUGUACUGGUGACAGCUGUAAGAAUGGAGGGUUCUGUUUUGAUGGUAUCAACAAGUUUCAGUGUCUCUGCAGUCCAGGCUUUGGGGGCAACAACUGUGAAAUAAACAUUGAUGAUUGUGCCAGGCAGCCAUGUAAAAACUCAGGCAACUGCACUGAUUUUGUAAACAACUUCAAAUGCACUUGUUCACCAGGUUAUACUGGCAAACAGUGCGAUGUGGACAUUGACGACUGUGUCAAUCAAAAGUGUCGCCAUGGGGGUUCAUGCAUUGACUUAGUAAAUGGUUUUAUCUGCAACUGUCCUCUGGGGUAUACAGGUGUACACUGUGAGAAGGACAUAGAUGAGUGUCAGUCACAGCCGUGUGUCAAUGGAACAUGCUUGGAGGAAGUCGGUAGUUAUAAAUGUGUCUGUCAAAGUGGCUUCACUGGAGACAAUUGUGAAGUCAAUGUUGAUGAUUGCGCCAGUUUCCCUUGUCACAAUGGAGGCAAAUGUUUUGACAUGGUAGAUGACUAUCUCUGUGUCUGCCCUCUUGGGUUUAAAGGGAAAACUUGCAGAGUGAACAUUGAUGAUUGUUUGUGGCAGCCUUGUCAACACAAUGGAAGUAGAUGUGUGGAUGGUGUGAAUAGUUUUAGCUGCAUGUGUGCUCCUGGUUAUAAAGGUGUCAACUGUUCUAUAGAGGUGGAUAAGUGUGCAGUAACACCCUGCCAGAAUAAUGGAACUUGCACCAAUGAGAUAUCUGAUUUCACUUGCUGGUGCCUAUCAGGCUUCAAAGGUCGCUAUUGUGAAAUAAAGGAAACAGAUAACUGCGCGAGCUUUAUUUGCUUAAACGGUGGGAGAUGCCAUCGAACUGAAAAUGGCACAGGGUGCAUAUGUCCCAGAGGGUACCAUGGCAACCACUGUGAAAUCAAGAGUGACAGGUGCCAAUUAUCUUCUUGUCUCAACGGUGCCACUUGCUAUGACAAUGGAAAGGACCUGUUCUGCAAAUGUCCCGUGGGUUUUGUUGGAAAAAGAUGUGGAAAAGCUUUUGACCACUGUAUUGCUCGGGUGGCUGAUAGCAACAUGACAUUUCCAUCCAACAUAUGUGGGCCACAUGGAGCAUGCGUGAGUCGUCGCAAUGGUUUCAUAUGUACGUGUUAUGCGGGUUACACAGGACUUCUUUGUCAGCACGAAAUAAAUGAGUGUUUGUCAAAUCCUUGCGGAGAAAACAUGAACUGUAUCGACGGAAUUAACUCUUUCACUUGUGAGCUUGAGGCUGAGGUUGGCAAUGCAGCAUUCUCAGGUUCCCAGACCAAGUCUUCUUACGUAAUUCCGUUUGUCGUGGUAGCGGUCGUGUUGGUGUUGCUCGCUGCCUUUGGUCUUGUUAUCUUUAAACUGAGGGCUAGCAGACAGAGAAAUGGACGAAUGAAACUGAAAGAGGAUCAUGCAGACACAUUGCCUCAUUCCUACCCUCAGGAGAAGACUUUCGAGAACCCUAUAUACCAACCCUGUGAUGAGGUAAUUUCUGUGGAGUGCCGUGACGAUAUCGCCUCUCUACAUGCUCUGAGAGUUCAGAUUGACCGAGAACUGCUCGACCUCUCCUUCUUGAGCGACGCGGAAAGCAUGGGCCAAAGAGAGCUUGCGAAAAGUUCUUCGGCACCAGAUCUCCGAAACUUAUCCGUGACAGUCACAGAUAUGGAGACUAGUAGUGUGUGCUCAGUCGAUGAUCUUUCCCAAGGAUCCUUGGGAGCAGAGCGUUUUCUUGGGGCAAGCACAAGCGCCUGUGACGUAAAGCGGUCCAAAGAAUGGCUUGAUACUUACCUUUGAUUAGAAUAAUGGGUUGUGAUCGAUAGAGGUGGUAGGCUUUGUUACACUUGGGAAGGAGUUCUGACUUUGGUAUCGGUAUUUAUCGAAUAGUCUACAGAGCAUUUCUGGAGGGCCUUUGUUAAGAGAGCAGACGAGUAGUAACAUAUGCCGAAUCGCUUGAAUUUCUUCAAAUGUAGUUUUACUUUACUGCGUCUUCAACGACAUGCUCAUUACACAUCUCAACAAAAAUUAUUCGAAUUGCACUUUAUCCUUCUUCCAAGCAUGUUACAGACAACCCAGAAGAGCAGGUUUGAUAUUCUGAGAGUUCAAAACGUUAAGCUCGUGUGUCUGUAUUGCAGGAGUUAUCGAUUCAUAUUGCUUUUUCCGAUUCCUUUUGGUCUUGUUUUUCAUUUCUUUAUACAAUAAAGGUCUACGAUAGCAAAAAAGAAAGUUUGGUUUUCACGUUCAGAGUUUGCGUGUUAUUGAGGUUUCGCGGGCAUGGCACAUGCGAACAAACCGAAAAAAAUGUAAAUAGAGUUCAUUUUGAGUUCAUGCAGAACUUAAACGCAUAAUUUAUUGUAAUAAAUAACGCUGGGAAGUAAGAAUUGAUCAAAAUGCCUGACAUCAAAGAUUUAUGACCAAUGUUAAUUUAUUUAUUUUUUCAUACUAUGUUGUAUUUCGUUCUUGUCAGAAAGCAAAGCCAACACAAUGUGUUAAGUUUAACUUGUAAGCUCAAGCAAUUUGUAUGUAAUAAUGCUGCUAAAACGGCUAAAACAAAGAUAGCUGACCAUGCAUGGAAUAUUUAUUUGUAAAGAGGACAGUAAUUAAGGAGAAGAAUUAAGUGAUUACCAGAGUAAGACAUUGUUGCUCGCUUAAUAUUGUAAAUUUGGAUUGAAUUAAGAAAAGACAAGUUAUACAAAAGUUAUCGAUGGUUAAUAGAAGUGCAGGUAUGAAAUUGAAAAGAAUAUUGUGAAAUCGGCCAAUAAGAAAUUGUAUUUAACACAAAGGUUGGAUAAUCAAAUGAAUUUAUUGCAUAAUCGAGAUACGUGUUUAAUUACGAACCAUGUGUUUUUUAGGCUGUAUGAUAAAGACUAGAGAAGAGGCCAUCGUGUGUUGAUAGUAUGGUGUAAUAUUAGAAAUAUUAGUAAACUCCAAAGGUAGAGAACCGAAAACUAUUAUCAUGUAUACAUGUUACAAUAAACCUUUUUUUCUCUGGUA